GACGACGACGGACGAGUGCGAAAAAAGAGGUUGAUUUCCGUUCGUUUCGGACGCUGGUUGUUGUGUGCUCGUCGCGCGAAGCUCUUCGCUGUUCCUGUGGUCAUCGUCAUUGCGCUUAUUGUGUGUAAAGUGUGUCGCGUUUUUGGCUUCGAGUUGUUCCCCAGAACCGUGAAUUGGUGUCACUCUUGGAACCGUGACCAGCGGCGCGUUGUCCACUGUGGAGUAGUUUCCGGUCUGUUCCGUGGCCGUGUUCGUCGUCGAUUGUUUCCGUCGUAAAAUAUUCUGUGUGUGUUGUUUCUCGAACCACACAACCAUCGUUCAUCUCGCUCACACCUACCGUGAAAGUGCUGAAUGCUGCUUAGCGACGCGUUUCCAACAAAAGGAAAAGAAGCGAAUUUCGGUGUGUCGAGGCUGCAGCAGCAGAUUGUGGUGCCUUCGGGAGAAGAAGAGCUCUUUUGUUGAAGCAAAAAUUGUGUGAAGUGUUUGUGGGGGCCUAAGUAAGAUAGUUGGAAGCCCUCAGAUCGAAAUCCCCCGGUAGUGUAGUCAUUGUAAUCUGGUGGGAGAAACCGACAUCUUUGUGGGUUGAAGUGUACGGAAUUUUCCACAUUGGAACAUCACAGGAAGGCAAAGAGAUAUCUCGGAUUAACCUCUAGCCCAGCGGAGAGGACACAGACCGGUUCCGGUUCAACAAGUUGGAUACUCUACACUCGGACAUCAGUGGCGCUAAUCUGCAACAAAUGAUAUAAAGAUGACCGCGGUCACAAGCAGUAGUCAGUUUUUCCAGAAAGGCAACUCGGCCCAGUUCGAGUUCCUGCUGGACCUAUACCCACAGGCCUUGAAAGUAAAAGCAGAAAACCGCGGAGCCGGCAAGAAGCCCGAAAAACUGAUCCGCCUGGACGACUGGUACCAGAACACACUGCCAAAGCUCAUCCAGAAGCGCGGCAAGGAUGCCCACCUGCUGCACGAGGAGCUGGUCCAACUGAUGGAGUGGAAGCAAACCCGGGGGAAGUCCUACCCCCAGUUGACGCAUCUGAUCAAGAUCAACACGCCGCGAGCCGUCAUGAUGGAAACGAAGAAGGCCUUCCGCAAGCUGCCCAAUCUGGAGCAGGCGCUGAACGCACUGUCCAAUCUUAAGGGCGUCGGCACUACGAUGGCCUCCGCCCUGCUGGCAGCAGCUUGCCCGGAGACGGCCCCCUUCAUGGCGGACGAGUGCCUAAUGGCGAUCCCGGAUUUCGAGAGCAUCGACUACACUGUGAAGGAGUACCUCAAGUUUGUGACGCACAUCCAGACCACCGCGGAUCGGCUGAACAAAGAAUUCCACGGUCCGGAGACGGAAAACAAUGGCGCCGAAGAGAAUGGUGCCCCAAAGGAACCGCCUAAACCGAAGAAAUGGACUGCCCAUAAGGUUGAGAUGGCACUUUGGGCGCAUUACGUUGCUUCGGAUUUGCAGCCGGAACUCCUCAAAGGUAUGCCCGAAAGUAACGGUGUCUCAAGCACAGGUUCAGCCGUGACGGUUUCGGUUGCCAACGGUAGCGGUGCGGUGCCAGAUCUGGACAACGAAGACGACAGCUCUCAGAAUGGUGUUCCCCCGUCGGACGAGAGCAACAUGGACAGUGAGAGUGCCUCCAAGGAUGCUACCGCCUUGACCAACGGUGCAGCCUCGAUGAACACAGACAGCAUGGACGGUUCGGAGAAUGGAAAUCCGGCUCCGGCUGAGGCAGCCACUUCCUCCGAUGUUCCUGCCGACAGCCUAGACGAUUGUACCAAAUCCGGGGACAGCUUGGACGAGGCUCCGGCCGUGGAAGCAACGGCAGCUGCCGUGGCCACCCUGUGCACUGCCGACGGCGAGGACUCCCAGAGCAGCAACAGCCAGAAGCGUCCGCUGUACUGCGACGAGAACUCCGAAGAGCAGCCGGAACUCAGCGCCCCCAAGUUGAUAAAGUUGUAAUGUUCGCGCGACAGGGGGAGCGAGCCGAGCGAGAGGCGAGUGGUUGGCGCGCGUGUGAGAGAGAAAGAAAACGAGCGAGCGUACGCGAGCGAACGAUUGACCUGAGCGUGAGUUUUUUUCUUUGGACACGAAGGAAGUAGUAGUAGAGCCCGAGCCCGAAAUCUUCAUUGAAUCUUCUGGACCUGGUGCCCGGCGGUGUGGGGUGGAUGAAUGAUGCUGGUAAGGUUGUUUUUCUAUCCAACAUCUACCAACGACCAACGGAUUCAACGGAUGAUCGACCGACACCAACAGCUACUUGCUCCAAACCCAACUACUUCUUUAAUUUCUCAUCUUCAAUUUUCUUUGUGUUUUAUUCAUAAUUAUUUUAUUUACAAACCAGCAUUAAUCGGAUUAGCUAGCAAUAGUUUGUAGGAUCAGCGAUAAGCCUUCUUCCUCUUCUUCUCGUUCUGCAAAGAUGAAUAGUUUUCUUUCCACUUUUCGAAUCCAGACUAAAUAAAUAGGUUUUUAGGCGAAACUUAGAACAAGGACGUAUAUAACGUGACACAAUUUUUUCACAAUUGAACAAUAAAACUCUGUAAGGUCUCAUUUUAAAGCGUGCUUUUUACUUUUCUGGGGUGGACUACUGCAGUAAUCACUGGAUAUUGCAAUCUGUUCGUGUAUGUGAGCGUUUUUCUUUGCAUAUUUAAAAUGGAUUUUUUUUAAACUCAAAAACCCUUCAUUCGAUCUUUAAAGAGCGAAAGUUCCACAGAAAGCACUGAAUGCCGGAAGUUUUUUUUUCUCAAAUUAUACUUUUUCACCUUUUGUACCCUUUUUUAACGUUUGGAGGACGUAUUCAGUGGAUCUUUUUAAAGUUUAAACAGCUAGAUUGUUUAAGCACAAUGAACUUCAUUCAAAGAGUUUAGUAAGAAACGAAAAUCUAAAUUUCCCUCCCUAAUUUGUUUAGAUUUUAUUAUUUUAACAAACAUCCGAGCAAAUCCAAAGUCCGUAGAAUUAUUUUGAUUAUUUAAAUUUUUACCAAUUUGCCAAAUUGAUGAAUUUAUGCCCUUUUUUCAAAAAUAGGGUUUUUUUUUCGAUAUAUUUUGGAGGACUUCAUGCAUCAAACUUGCCAAAGCAUUAAGCAUUGCAUUUUUAAUUUCAUAAACGUUAAUAACUUUACUUGUCAUGAGGACAAACAAGUAUUGGCGAACUUCCGAAGACUACUCAUUCGGCAGCACACAUACACAUUACACAACCUAAGUAUGAGUAGGAAUCGACGUUAUUUGGACCUUUCACUCAGCAAACCAAAAUCUACCAAACAAAUGUCGAGUUCAACCGCAAGAUAGUGACUUAUUAGAUAUUUAAGAAAUCAUCAAUGUUAAUGGACCAUGCACUCUUUACACUGACCAAAAUGAGUCGCAUUUCUCUGAAACAUUUGUCUACUGUUUCCGCGUCCAAAUUUACAUAAGAGACUCAUAAAAUUUUCAGAAAAACCAACAAACAAUCAAAUCUAACGCUCUGGAAAUGUUUCUUUUGCUUAAAUUUCACUUCUCUAAGUCGCAACAAAAGCAACACUGAAACAAAUACAAGUCACACAAAAGUAAUUGACUCGAAUAUUCUUGAAAUUCUUCUGUUCUCACAGUGUGAGAGCGCCGCCUGUACAUGUAAAAGGAAAGAAAGAGAAAAGGAGCGAAAGUUGAUAUGAAGCCAGGAUUAAACAUGCCCAAAACUACACAUAGGAAUGGAUAUAUAUUUUUGAUAGACUCUAUUUAUACUUAACAAACAUGACGCAAAGCCAACGGAAACGGACUUGUUUUUUUGCGGUACACAACUGAGGGCAUCGCCCACUGAAUUUCGUAUACAAACAAACAAACUGAUUAUUUAGGAUCGUUACUACAUAAAAUGAAGAAAAAAAAACAUACACGCACAUUCAAAGCAUGAAAUAGUAAAGUUAUCACACAAAAUAAUCGCGUUUACUGAUCAGAGGAUUGAGUUGAAAGCGUGCGGUUGCCGACAAAUGAUGAUCAUCUUGAUCCGGUUUAGGCGAAAAGUAUGAUAAAUUAAAUUUACAAUGAAUGGAAUACAAUUGAUUCAUAAAAUCAUACAUAUUUAAUCUGAUGAUUGGAAUGAAGAAAGCGUAAGUUAUACAAACAAAAAAAGAUAGAAAGAUAGGAAACAAAAACGAUAGGACUCCUGUAGGUUAGGUAUCUCAUUGCUGCUGAAUCCAUACCCCGUAAGAACACGUAAAUAUAAACAAGAACACAAGGAAGGAAAACUAAAACGACACCCCCCUCUACACACAUCCCUAGUUUUUACGGACAACUUAGCGGUAUAUUAAAUAUUGAAUAAAAUACAACCAUAAAAAGGUA